AUGUAUAUCUCUCUCUCUCUCUCUCUCUCUCUCUCUCUCUCUCUGUGUGUGUGUGUGUGUGUGAGUUGUAUGGCUUGGAGAUGGAGGAGAAGCUUCAGAAUGGGGUUGGACCGAGGGAAUUUGUUGUUUUACGGGACUGUAACGGUAGAUGCGGUAAUCGAGCUAAGCACCACGUUGACCCUUUUCUCUCCAGAUCCAUACAUGCACACAUGGCUACGAGUACUCUACCACACCGGCCGGUACUUCUUCUUCGCCUAUAGUAGCCGAGUGCGCGUCUGGUGUUCCAUGCUCAUGCUUCACCAACCAACCCAACCGCGCUUCCCCGUGCUUGCCAGCGUUCUGGUGCUGCUGCUAGCCUUGGCCGUUGUUCCGCUUCUUGGCUUCUUCUUCCCAUCACCCCUCCUCCGCCUGCCCACCACUGGUACUUCCAGCCUCUUCCGCUUCCUCACCCGCGACUACGCUUCUUCGGCUGGCAUUACGCUGCGCAACCCCAUUGUCUUCCAGCACCACCAGCACCAGCACCAGCACCAGCACCAGCACCAGCAGACGCCUGCCAUCUGUCCCAAGCCGCCGCCCAUACUCCCCCCCGUCGAAUUCGUCGGUACCUUCCACACCACACCCGAGCGCAGCAUGGCUCUCGCCGACCAGGCCAAGCGCGUAGCAGCCGAGUUUGACUUUGACAAGGAUGCCGUCAACAAGGCUGUCAGCGAGUUUAUACGGGAGAUGGACGAGGGACUGCAGGCUGAGGGCACCGAGUUGAGCCAGAUCCCCACCUACGUCACUGCCGUACCCAAUGGCACUGAAAAGGGCCUCUACAUGGCCGUCGACUUGGGUGGCACCAACUUCCGCGUCUGCUCCAUCCGACUCAAUGGCGACACCACCUUUUCCCUCACACAGAGCAAAGUCGCCAUUCCCCGCGAAUUGAUGGUUGCAAAGACGUCGAAAGAGCUCUUCGCCUUCCUCGCCAAACAAAUCGAGGCCUUCCUCCAGCAACACCACGAAGAGCACUAUGUGGGCACGUUGAAGAAGCGCGAGACGGGCGAAGAACACGACGAGAUCUUUAAUCUGGGCUUCACAUUCUCCUUUCCUGUCAAUCAGAUAGGCAUCAACAAGGGCAUGCUCAUGCGCUGGACAAAGGGCUUCGAUAUCCAGGAUGCCGUGGGCAAGGAUGUCUGCGCGCUUCUGCAGGCGGAGAUUGAUGAGCUGCAUCUACCGGUCAGGGUGGCUGCCCUGGUCAACGACACGGUCGGAACCCUCAUGGCGCGCUCCUACACCUCCCCUGGCAAGACGGGAACACUGCUCGGUGCCAUCUUUGGAACCGGCACCAAUGGCGCCUACGUGGAGAAACUGGACAAGGUCACCAAGCUCACAAAAUCCAACAACGCUGGCGACUACGACCAGUCGACGGGCGAGAUGAUUGUCAACACCGAGUGGGGCUCGUUUGACAACUCCCUGCGCACCCUCCCCAACACACCCUAUGAUGUGGAACUGGACGAGAAGUCGGUAAACCCCGGUAUCCAAAUGUUUGAGAAGCGCGUCUCGGGCAUGUUCCUGGGUGAACUCCUCCGGCUUGCCCUCUUGAAACUCAUCAAUGACCCUCGAGUCCCGCUCUUCAGCGACGACAACUCCUCUUCCAAUGACGCACACAGCACCACGCAAAUCAGCAAGAACAGCCCCAUUUACCAGCAGUGGGGCAUCGACACCAGUCUGUUGUCAGUGUGUGCGGGAGACAGCACACCGGGCCUUCGCAUGCUCCGUCAGACCUUGGACAAAGAAUACGACAUCAGCGCCGUCAGCGCAGAAGACGCAGAAGCGGUCCGCGACAUUGCGGCCGCGAUUGGCCGUCGCGCCGCCCGUCUAUCAGCCGUCGCCAUUGCGGCCAUCAUCAUCAACACGGGCCGUCUGAGCCCAUCCUCUGAAGCGAAAGCCGGCAACGCAGCCGUCAACGAGGACGACAUCAUCGACGUGGGCGUGGAUGGCUCGCUCGUGGAAUUCUACCCCAACUUUGAAGAGCACAUUCGCCAGGCGUUUCGCGAGAUUCCGCAGAUUGGGCCCCAGGGCGAGAAGCGGAUUCGCAUUGGGAUUGCAAAGGAUGGGUCGGGCGUUGGGGCGGCGUUGAUUGCGCUGGUGGCGGGUAAGGUUGGCGCGCCGGAUUCGUGA